AUGGAAACAAUAUUCCAAGACGCCCGACUCGACCCAUCGAUAGCACAGAAGCUCUAUUCGACCCUUCCCUCCUCUUCCUCUACGAGACUCCUGCGGCUCGAGCCAGGGUCGUACGACGACCCUCUCGCGGCCUCGCUCGUUGUGGUGGAUAUAGCCGCGCCCUCGUGCCCCAAGUACGAAUGUAUAUCUUACACAUGGGGUGACGAGACAUCGCCCAACUCCGUCCGAGUGGAUGGGAACGAGGUCCCCCUCCGGUUGAAUCUGGACCAAGCUCUUCGACGCUUUCGCUACCCCACAAAGCCCAGGCUUGUCUGGGUCGAUGCCAUUAGUAUCCGCCAGGACGAUCCGGACGAGAAGGCCCAACAGGUCAAAAUGAUAGGCGAUAUUUUUCAGAACGCCGCGACGGUGCUGGCUUGGCUGGGCGAGCACGCUGACUCGAGCGAGAUUCUCUUCGACAUUUCUCAAGAAGCUGCAGCUAACCUGUUUGACACCAACCGUACCGAGUUCCGGCGCAGGUACGACGCACUGGCUCAGUUCAUGAAUCGUCGCUACUGGCAGAGGACUUGGAUCGUGGCCGAGAUUGUCUGUGCCCGCGAGUUAAUGAUUUGCUGCGGCCCGGACAAGAUCUCGUGGGGGCAUCUUCUAAAGUAUAGAUUCACCGACGUGAUGCGAUUCGAUCAGGGCUGGACGAGGAAGUUAACCAAGUUGGACGACUCGAGAGUCGCCCACAAGUUUGCCCAAGACCCCUCCCACCUGUCUGAUGUGGAAUGGGAAGGCCACCGCGAAUUACAGGGAUAUCUGUACGCCGCGGAAAACACCGAGUGCCUCGAGCCUAGGGACAAGAUCUUCUCGCUCCGAGCAAUCCUGCACAGCACGAGCAUGCGCAGUGCCAUCCGUGUCGACUACAAGAUGUCUCUCCCUCAACUCUGCGCCGACAUUCUGAAAGCCGCCCUGGUGGCCUACGACAGCGUCCGGAACAACAUCGCCGAGUUCUUGCUGCUGUCGUAUCAGCUCGACAAGAGUCUGGCAAUGCCAUUGGCGGACAGACUUCAAGUGAUCGACCUUCUUCUCGAUGACCUAGAGGGCGUCGAGACACCGGCACUGGAUAUUGUGAGUGACAUGUUAUCAGACGGAGCCGUGGAAAAGUUCUUUGGGUUCGACUACGAACGCUAUGACACGGAUUGGAGCUGGGAAGAGAAGAGAGACCAUGUCCUUUCGUGGCGCGACAAGGCACGACGGACGGGCAAGUGGCCUGCCACUCCUGGAACGGCACCAGGCCCAAGUCUGAACAAGACUUGA